UAAAUAUUUUAGGAACUCCUACAUCCUCCGUUCAAACAUCCAAUUAUAUUAAAUAUGUUCAUUCGUUGAUCAUCGAAACACCAUUUAUAAUUUAUGUAAGUGGUGAUAACCAUAUAAUUUGGAGAGAAAAUUGUAUAGCAUUAGUGAUUUUUACUAAACAUUGUUUGGGGGGUAGGGAUACAAAAUGUAAUAGUUGAAAUUGCAUCAGACUCUCAUUGUAUUUUUAACAAUAACGAUAACGUAAUAGUGAGAAAAUGUUUUGUCCCGUGGUUGUUGGUCUUUUUUUGAUCUUCGGUGUUUCAGCCUUAACAGAAGAAGAACAAGAGAUGAUGAAUGGCCUACAUGCCGAAUGUAUUUCUCAAACCGGAUGUUCGGAAGAUUUGAUCAGUAAGGUUAGAGCUGGUGAUUUUGCUGAGGAUAACAAACUGAAAUGCUACAUGAAGUGUAUUUUCGAGGAGCUUGGAGUGAUUGGUGAUGAUGGUAAAAUUGACGUUCCUGGACUGUUAGAAAUACUUCCUGAGGAUAUACGGAGUACAGCCAGACCAAUAUUCGAAAAAUGUGGAACAGUUGCUGGUUCAGACGGAUGUGACUCCAUGUUCCAAACACAUAAAUGUUACUAUGCUGAAUCUCCCCAGGGACUCAGUGAAGAAAUGCAAGAGUUAGCCGAUAUGCUCCAUGCAACAUGUGUGGAAGAAACAGGAGCCAAAGAAGAUGACAUAUACAAUGCAAGAAAUGGAGUGUUUGCUGAUGAUGUAAACUUUAAAUGCUACAUAAAAUGUAUUAUGGCUCAGAUGGCUUGUAUUGAUGAUGACGGAAUAAUAGAUGAAGAAGCUACUAUUGCAGUACUACCAGAGGAAUAUCGUGCUAGAAGUGCACCAAUUAUCAAAAAAUGUGGGACAGUCAAGGGAUCCUCUCCUUGUGAGAAUGCAUGGUUGACACAUAAAUGUUACCAACAUGAAGCAUCGGAUGAAUAUUUCUUAGUGUAAGGAUAUUGUCGCUCAGAUCCAAGUUCACAAUAUGUUAAUUAUUGAUAUCUUAAUAACGUUAUAACUAACCACAUGAUGUAUAUUAUUUGAAUACAAAUUAUGACGCUUUCAA